AUUUACUUCGCGCGUCGAAAACCUAUUUGUGAAACAUAUUGAUCGCAUAUAAUAAUAUUUUGGAAAUUAAUAAUAUUAUUAUAUAGCAAAUUGUAGUUUGCAAGCAUUGUUAUCUUAAACUAACUGCUAUUUAAUAACAAUUUAUUACCAAAAGUAAUACUCCUUGUGUGUAAACUAUUGCAAAAUCUCCAAAUAUUCUGCAGAGUUGACACAAAUUUUAUUGUGCUCAAAAACAUCUAGGAUUCCGAGCUUUUGUUGGAAUAGUAAUCUUUUUUCUUGCACUAAAUUGUAGAAUCAUGCUGCCCCGACCAUAUUAUAGUGAACAAGAUAUGAGAAAACGUCAAAUUGAUACGUUAAAAGUGUUCAACGACCAUGUUGUGGAAGUGAGUGAAAACGCUGAAUAUAGAGUUGAAUUUGUCGCUGAUGGUAAAAAUAUGAGUCUGACAGUGAUAUUAGGACCAGAAUUUCCAAACGAGAAGCCAUCAAUCUUCGUUAACCCCCCCAAUUCCCAUCCAUGGAUUGGUGAAAAUUCAAACCAAGUUAUCGGGGCUCCUGGUCUCUUAAACUACACUAUGCAUUCAGACUUAGGUCGCGUCGUACAAGUCAUUAUACGAGAAUUUCAGAAAUCAAUGCCAAAAUUGACAAAUAACGAGGAAGUAGUUAAAAGUAAUGAUGUGAGUCCGCAGACACACUUUAGCGGACAAUCGCUGAUGUUUCCGGAGCUUAAUGAGUGUUGUAUUGAAGAGUUGCAGGAGAUUUUAGAGAAUACGGAUUUACAGGAUAAAAUUAUUGAGGUUAACCCUCAACUAGUGGAACUAGAACUGGAAACGGAGGAACUGAUGACCAGCAUCGAGGAAAUAGCACAAGAGAACAUUGUCAAGCAACAAGCUCUUGAUAAUUUGAAGACUGAGGUCAUAGACCGCAUAUCAACCAUAGUACAAAUGAAGAUGAACUUUGAAGAGUUGAACCGUAAGCACCAGAAGAUGGCUGAGAUGUAUGACCCUCAUAGGAUCAGGGACUACCUGAAGGAGGCCGCCCUGAAGGCCGAUGAGGAGUCAGAGGUCAUCGCUGAACAGUUUCUGACAGGUAACAUGCCAGUAGAAACAUUUAUAUCGAAAUUCGCUGAAAAACGGGCCCUAGGUCAGUCCAGGCGAGCCCGCGAAGAAAGAUUGGCGCAUCAACUGGCACAACUCGACAAAGCCACGAGUUAGAAAAAAACAUUCCAAAUGACAGCUGUCAAAGUUGCCGCCAAUUUUUUGUAAAGAUGGCGGAUUUGUAUCAAGCUUCGUUUUAACUUGUGAUGUUAUGUACUCAGUAUUUAAGUAAUGCUUUACAUGUUGGUCUCAAUGUUUGUGCCAAUGUUUGUUCAAUGAGUCUAGCUAGAAAAGUUGGCCCCAAAUGUUGGUAUUGGUCGUUCUGUAUUUAUUAAAGGAAUCUGCAAGAAUUGACCUUUAUUAUAGUACACUGGACUGGAUAUUUCUUACAUAGUGACAGCAAUCAUAAAUCUUAGGUAUACUCUGCAACAAAUAGCGUAAUUAGUUAAAGCGGUCCAUAUAGGUUAUUAUUUUAGGUAGUCAGAUAUAAUGACGUCGAAAGACAUAAAUAAAAAUAAGCCCAAAAGUCUGGCAAACUAUAAUAGAGGUCAAGUCUACAAACCUUGGUACAAACAUUGGAUCCAACGUGGGAAGUCGUCAAAUUGUUCGAUACAAUAUUAUGGGAUGGAUAUUAUUUAAAACGAUAGAGCUUAAACCAGUCUUCCUGUACAGUAGGCUAGAUAUUUAGGGCUUAAAAUAGAUCUAGAUGACUUUUGAUCAAGGCCUGAAAGUGGGUAUUCUAUUGCGUACAAGUUUUGAAAAAUUGAUUAUUUCCACUGGCUUUUGUGGCUGACCAUAAAAAUACUGAAUUAUUUAUAAUACUUAGACUCUGGUUGGGUCUGAAACUAGUCGGGCAAUCCCGAUAAAUACGCGUGAGUAAACCUUUGCAUCAUUUAAUAAUGAAACAUCCUCACGAAAGUUACUUUAGAGGCGAUUGCCAUCUAGCGGUUAAUAUACGAAACUAUUGCAUUUCAUCGCUCAGUGCUGCCAUCUACACAUUUGCAUUAUAGAUUUAAACUACAAUAAAUAUACAUUAUACAUAUAAAAAUUUUAAUACUAUCCAUCCCCUAGUAUAUAAAUUAAUGGUAGUAUGUAAUGUGAAACCUAGUUUGGCUAGAUUUAGUGUUUAUCUUUUAAUUCUAGUGCAUAAUUAUCUUUUUCUCUGUAUGAGAGGUCUGGGCCCCAAUUCUGCUAUUUACAACGGCCGAUGAAUGACUGAAAUUUGGCUU